GAGACCGGCUUUGUCCUUGCUGUCUCUGAGUGGCGGGAAAUGAUUUGAGGCACACAGGGUCGGGUGAGGCUGGAGACAAUGGAUUCGACAAACCCUGCACCCCCACCCUACAGGGUUUCCCCCCGGGGUGUCCUUAAUGCUGCUUUCAUUAGUUUCUCAUGAAAGUCUCUGUUCCGGUCUCUGUGCCAGUGUUUCCUGCUCUUAUUUGUAUCACCAUGAUGACAGCCCAAUUCUACAGAACACGACAAUCUCUACGAUCUAAGAUCUGUGCCUGGAUUAAAGCUGUGUGACUAACACAAAGCUCCUGUAAUCAAGACCUGGUGCUGCGCUGAUCCAACUCUAACUGAACACGUGACCCCGUCUCACCAACAACAACCAUGACGGCCAUCAAUGCUCCUCAAGACAAAUACAAUGCAGUAUGGAUCAUUUUCUUCAUCCUGGGUCUUGGGACCCUCUUGCCAUGGAAUUUCUUCAUGACGGCAACAAUGUACUUUACCAGCCGCUUGAAGGACCCACCCACUGCUCUCUUCACCAAUGUCACGGCUAACAGCUCAAUGGAGGGCGCGGACACUCGGAAUGUGCUGGAGUCCAAGUUCAACAACGUGAUGACUCUUUGUGCCAUGGUGCCUCUGCUCAUCUUCACCUGUCUCAACUCCUUCAUACACCAGAGGAUUCCUCAGAAGCUGCGUAUCUCCGGCAGCCUGACAGUCAUCCUGGUGGUUUUCCUGCUGACGGCUGUCUUCGUCAAGGUGGACAUGGCCCCAAUGACCUUCUUCACCGUCACUAUGAUCAAAAUUAUCUGCAUCAACUCGUUCGGGGCGAUUCUUCAGGGCAGCCUGUUCGGGCUGGCCGGGAUGCUGCCUGCCUCCUACACCACUCCCAUCAUGAGCGGACAGGGGCUGGCCGGCGCCUUCGCCGCUUUCUCCAUGAUCUGCGCUCUGGCCUCUGGAUCCGCCCUGCAGGACAGUGCUUUUGGUUACUUCAUCACUGCCUGUGUUGUUAUUCUCCUGGCCAUCAUGUCAUACUUCGCCCUGCCCAGGAUGGAGUUUUUCCAGUACUACACAGAGAGCAAUAGAUCCAGACCAGCUGAUGAUGAUGAAGAGAACAAGAUGGACUUUCUCAAAAAUGAAAGUCCAGCAGAGAAGCGACCGGUGGUGAGUCUGAUGGAGGACGAGGCCAAACCCAGCGUGUCUGUGGUAAACAUCUUCAAACAGAUCUGGGUGAUGGCUCUGUCGGUGUGCUUCAUCUUCACCGUCACCAUCGGAACAUUCCCAGCUGUGACCGUUGAGGUCAGGUCCACAGUAGCAAAUGGAGGCGGCUGGGAUACGUACUUCAUCCCCGUGUCAUGUUUCCUCCUCUUCAACGUGAUGGACUGGGCUGGCAGGAGUCUGACGGCCGUCUGUAUGUGGCCGGGUAAAGACAGCCUCUGGCUUCCCGUCCUCGUGGCUCUGCGCGUCGUCUUCAUCCCCCUCUUCAUGCUGUGUAAUGUUCAGCCUCGUAACUACCUCCCCGUGCUGUUCAGCCAUGACGCCUGGUACAUCAUCUUCAUGAUCUUCUUCUCCUUCUCCAACGGAUACCUGGCCAGUCUCUGCAUGUGCUUCGGACCCAAGAAGGUGCCGCCUCACGAGGCAGAGACGGCAGGGGCCAUCAUGGCCUUCUUCCUGUCCCUCGGCUUGGCGUUGGGCGCCGCAAUCUCGUUUGCUUUCCGGGCCAUGAUCUAAAACCUCCCGCAGACGCAGAGCAGACGACCACGGCCUCCAACAACCUUCCCCGUCAUGAACCCUUCAACAUCCGGACUAACUGCGCUCCUCGGACUGAGAGGAGGCAGCAGAGACGACCAGACGACCAGAGGACGUGUACCGACUCGUCUCAUCCAGUCACCAUGGCAACAAAAUGAGCUGAAAAGUUACUGAUUCGUUUUUAUUUAGUUUUUAUUUGCUCCAAAAACUAAACUGUUCUGGGUUUUAUGUUUGUUUUUAUUUUUUUGUAUCAAUGCUACUGAUCAAAGAGGCUGUUUCUCUGAGAUGAAACCAAAAGAUUUUUAAAAAAGUCAGUUGAAGUGAACUCAUCAUGUAGAAGACGACCGAAAGUUUCAAAUUUUCCAGACAGAGAACGAAGACGUUCUUCACACUUAGCAUCACAGAGCCCUCUUUUAAAAUCCCUUUUGCACAAAGCUAUGAAAACAAAUAUUGAUAAUUGUUUUAAUUAAGUUGAAACAUUUUCUUUUUUCUGCCUUUUUAGAAUUCACAUGAAGUCACGUUGGUGUGUAAAUUAAGUCUCAACACGUUUGUAUACACGCGGCUCUGCGAGGCAGGUGUUCGGCUCGUCUGCAUUACCUUGAACACUUCAACUCAUUCGUUAGUGAACUGGGAUCCUCCACGUUUUUUUUGCACAUCGAGCACGAAACAACAAGCAGGACGUCGCUCGGCCGUGACUGUUGCAGCUUUUAACUCUGAUCAAGCCAAAUACACAAAGACGUGGGAAAACGAGAAACUCUGAAGGGGGGGGGGGGUCACGACCCUGCAGAACCGCUCCGCUCCCUCCGUCUGCUUCAGUGUCGCCUCGGGCCACUUCUGUUUGUCAGCAUAGAAAAACCCUCAAUGAAUGUAAUAUGGACUGAAUCCUGCAGAGGAAGUUUAAAUAGAUCACAUGGGCCGUUAACCUUUCCCUCUGAAUGUUCAUUGUGAGUAUCGGUAAAUUCCUCUCCUGUAGUUUUAAAUGAAGUUUGACCACUAUGUCUGUUUUAUCUGAACACAUCCUCUGUCCCGUCCUCUGAGGUCUUCGUCUACUUGUCAGGACACGUGAAGUCACCGUGUCUCCCUGACGAGACACACCCAAGUAUUUUGAACGCAGUGAAAAGUUGUCGGUGACACAAUGAGUGAGUGAGACUUUUUAAAUCUCACUCUGCUUCUUUUUUAUUUUUGUUUCUGUCUGUGCCAUUUUCCUUCAAACGUGUUCUCGUGUAGGAUGAGAAUUUAUACAAGUAGUUAUUAGUUCAUUUAUGUUUUAAUGAAUGAAGGUGGAUAAAAAGCCGUCCUCCUGUUGGUGUGAUAUUUUGGUCUCUUUGGAUUUAAAAAAAAAAAAAACCCAGUCUGCUUUAGUUCUACACAGUUUUCACGAAGCCAUCAUUAUAGCCCGUUUGUCUGAAAGCACGACGUGGGUCUGUUUGUCGGACCGUGGAAAUGUUACUUAAACUGCAGCUUCAAACAGUUCAAAAUAAAACUGUAUUUUUAAAA